AUGCAGGGUGGAGAGGAACUCGGGGCUCACAGCGCCCAGACAGAGGGGGCGCGGGCGGGUGAGACGCUGCAGGAGGUGGGGGGUGGGGAGGACAGCCAAGCCAAGACUGAACUAGAUCUGGAGGACGAGGACCAGGGGCAGGACGAAGAGGAGGAGGAGGAGGAGGAGGAAGAGGAGGAGGAAGACGAAGAAGAGGAGGAGGAUGAUGACGAUGAAGGAGAGGAUGGAGCGGAGGAAACGGCGGUGGAAGCUGAACUCUCCAGCUCCUCCGAAACUGAAUGUGAGGUGGAGGCCGAGCCAGUGAGGCAGCCGGGGGAGCGCCCGUCGAAGCGCCGCUGCUUCUGGGAGUACCGAUGCGCUCGAGAAUCAGCCACGAAGAAGAAACUGGGCGGAGACGUCCACUGGUCUCUGUCCUGGAGCUCCAGCACUCUACCCAGCACACUGUACCGCCGAGAGGGCAAAAAAGGGCGCCGCAAAGCUCGCAAGACGGACGCCAGCGACCUGACGCCAAACCCCCAGAAGCUCCACAACAUCGGCGAGCAGCUGCAGAAGCUCAACGCUGCCAUCGACGGCAUGGGCCCGGUCAACGACCUGCCCGCCGUGGCCCGAGCCCGGUCCCGCAAGGAGAAGAACAAGCUGGCCUCCAGGGCCUGCCGGCUGAAGAAGAAGGCCCAGCACGAAGCCAACAAGAUCAAGCUGUGGGGGCUCAACCAGGAGUAUGAGAACCUGCUGGGAGCGCUGCUGCGGAUCAAGGAGGUGAUCCGACUGCGGGUGGAGAGCGGCGGGGAGGAGGACACGGACGAGCGAGGGAUGACCCAGCGCCUGGAAGACAUCCUCCGAGACUCCAGCGGUCCUUUAGUUGCCGGGCGGACCAAAGACUUUGUGCAGAGGAUUUUGGCGGCCAGCGCGGGUGGUCAGAACCAGCGCAAAGAGCCCCCGCAGGGAGGGGAUGAGGCGGCGGGUUAAACAAAACUCACCCAGCAUCCUCCUCCUCCCUCUUUCCACCCCCUCCCCUCCCAGCACCAACCAAACAACUUGACCUGACCAAGCUUCUCUGCACCGCCUCCACUCCCACCAUGUACAAAUUUCGAGUAGGAGCGAAGAGAUGGAGAAGUGGAGAUGCUGGGGGAGACAGAAGAAGGUGGAAGAAAUAGCCUAAACAAAAUGGGAGUAAAUUGCUACCGUGCUCCUGGUCCUCUUCUCUCCAAACAGUAGCUGUCUUCACCGUCUCUGCAGGCUGCACCACAACCACCAAGAGGCCAGAGCUACUGCUGCUGAUGUCUUUGUGUACUGUCUGUCUGUCCGUCUCUGUGUGUGUGUGUGUGUGUGUGUUUGCGUGUUGGACAUACUGUAUGGGUGUAUAGUGUUCCUCUUUCCCUCUGUGUGCUGUAUUCGUACCCCAGUGUGCCUAUGAAUAGACAUUGCACUGUUUUGUAGAUGGUCGUAGUUGUCGGCAGGGGGGCCGGUAGUGAGGCGAGGGCGAGGGGGCAUUUGAGGAUAGAGGAAGUGCUAACAAAACAAGGAAGUGGGAGGAGCCCCAGGCCUGGAAGACAAGGAAGUGGGUGUGUCGUUAUUUUUUAUUUUUAUUUGGCUGGGCUCCUAAAGAAGCGCUGCAUACCAUUCGAAUUGCAUCGGCAUCUAAAAAAAAAAAAAAAAAAGUUGAUAACAAGUGACGGAGUCCUGAUGCCAGAGCAGCUGUUAAUGGAAACAACAGUGCGUUUGUUUUGCAAGGAAAAAAAAAAAAGGUCCGCUGAGCUUUAAUUACCCUCCCAUCCAUCCUCUUUAACUCCCCCUUCACCCCAUCAAAAUGUAAGCAAAGUAAAAAAGAAAAAAAAAAAGAAAACAUGGAAAGGAAAGCUGCACCUUAAUUCCAACUGACCAAAGAUACUGCUGAACCACUCCGACACCAAAACCUCUCACUGCUUCAGAUGCUGCCAACCAUUACCACAUCCUUCUGUUUUGGGAAGUGAGGGAGGAAAAUAUUCUCAUUGUUGUUUACCUACAUGCAUCCUCAAAGGAUGAACUUGUAGUCUCCUUCACCUAAAUGCACUAUCAUGGACCUGAGAGGCCAUGGGGGGACAGUUUCAGUUUCCAGUUUUGUCAGCUUUUUUAGCUCUGUGCAGCCUGGGGUGCUCCUUUUUUAACUUCCCUGCAGUGGCUUUGUUUUGAUCCACAUAAAGGGAAGUGUCCUCAAUAACUUCCCUCAAGCCCUCUCCUCAACCCCUGACCGCUUUAUGUAGCGCACCUUCCUGAAUUGCAAUGACAAAUAGAGAAAAAAAAUAGACCUAGAAAGCAUAUAUGUUAAAUCUUUUAGUUUUUUUGUAUUUUAAUUAUGAUUUUUGUUCUUUGGCAAUGCCACACAGCCCACAUAGUGGGUGUCUUGAGAGUUUUGAAAUUUGCCUUUCUUCUGUGGUCUUUGCUGACGCUGUAGACCAACCUGUCCAAGGUCUCUAAAUGUUGUUGGACGUAAAAAAAAAAAAAGAAGAAAAAAAAGUCAAGGACCCUUUGAAUUGCACUGUGGUAAGAGCAACUAAGCACCUUCAAAGAGGGCUUCAGAUCCUCCAAAUGCAAAAAAAACACAAAAAAACAUAUAUAUAUAUAUAUAUAUAUAAAAAGGCUCUUGGCACGUUUUGUCUAAAGACAGAUUGUUUGAGAGGCUUGGUGUGGGCGCUUAGCGCUUUGUUACCGAAUGGUCUCGGUUAGUUUCAGUAUGGUGCUACUGUAUGAUG